GCUCUAGUGUUGCAGUGAAUCCGGUCCCCCUCAAACCGUUCAUUAAGAGGAACUCGUUGCAGCCAUGAGUGCAGGACAGCUGAUGAAGGUGUUUGUGACCAGACGCCUCCCUCAGGACGGAAUGAAGCUGCUACAGAAAGCCUCCAUGUGUGAUGUGUUGGUGUGGGACUCAGAUGAACCUGUUCCACGUGAGGAGCUGCUGAAGAAGGUGGAAGGAUCUCACGGUCUCCUGUGUCUGCUCUCAGAUCGGAUCGAUGCUGAGGUCCUCGAUGCAGCUGGACCCAACCUGAAGGUGAUUAGUACGUUGUCUGUGGGCUUUGACCACCUCGCCAUUGAUGAGAUAAAGAAACGAGGUAUAAGGGUAGGCUACACCCCUGAUGUACUAACAGAUGCUACAGCUGAGUUGACCGUUGCUCUCCUAUUGGCUACGGCUCGCCGCUUACCUGAGGGCAUUCAGGAGGUAAAAAGUGGAGGUUGGAGCUCAUGGAAGCCACUGUGGUUGUGUGGUUACGGGCUCUCAGGAAGUACAGUCGGGGUGAUCGGCCUGGGACGUAUAGGUUUGGCCAUCGCACGCAGGCUGAAGCCCUUUGGGGUUAAACGUCUGCUUUAUUCCGGACGGCAGCCGAAACCUCAGGCUGAAGAGGUGGAUGGAGAGCACGUGCCCUUAGACACGCUGCUCUGUGAGAGUGACUUCGUGGUGGUUUCUUGCUCUUUGACCCCAGAGACACAGGAGCUGUGUAAUAAAUCCUUUUUCAGUAAAAUGAAGAACACUGCAGUCUUCAUCAACACCAGCAGAGGAGCAGUCGUAAACCAGGAGGAUCUUCUGGAAGCUCUAACCAGCGGUCAGAUCGCCGCAGCGGGACUCGAUGUGACCACACCUGAGCCGCUGCCCACCGACCAUCCGCUUCUGCGCCUCAACAACUGCGUGGUUCUCCCUCACAUUGGCAGCGCCACCUUCUCCACACGAGGCAUCAUGUCUCAGCUCUCAGCCAACAACCUUCUCUGUGGUCUGACAGGAGACGCCAUGCCCAGUGAACUGAAGCUGUAGCGUCUCCCCGUGGAGCAUGAUGGGAAAUCAAGCCUGAAGCGUAGAGAGAUUUUUACCUGCACUACUUUAUUCACUAAAUAAAUAACAUCACUGUCAUAUUCAGUGUAACGUAAUAAAGUUUAUCUAACUGAAUGUUUAAUGAAUGAGUUAAUAAUAAAAUUAGAUUUACAUUU